ACCCGCCCGUGGCCACGAUGGAGCUUGGUCGCGGCGUGUCCUCGAUCGUGAAGGAGGGCGAGGACAUCUACUUUAACUGUAACGUAGAUUCCAACCCGCCGACCUACAAGAUCUCGUGGUUCAGGAAGAGCCAGGCCAUCCUGCACCACCCCGCGCAAGGCAUCCUGCUCAGCGGCAACAGCCUGGCCCUGCGCGGCAUCACCAGGCACCAGGCGGGGCCCUACACCUGCGCCGCCUCCAACGUCGAGGGGGACGCCCACAGCCCCCCGCUCACCCUCCACGUCAACUACGCCCCGGUGUGCGCGGCGGGCGGGGCGGCGCGGGUGCUGGCGGCGGGGCUGGGGCAGCAGGUGAACGUGACCUGCCAGGUGGAGGCGGCGCCGUCCGCGGUGAGGUUCUCGUGGGUGUUCAACAACUCGCUCACCUCACACCGGCUGCCCGGCGACCAGGUCUUCAUCACGCCAGACGGAGGCAGCGCCGUGCAGCUCGUGGCCCGCACCCACCAGGACUACGGGACGCUGCAGUGCUGGGCCCAGAACAACGUGGGGAAGAUGACCCAGCCCUGCCUCUUCCACGUAGUGCCCGCGGGUCGCCCGGAGCAGCCUGCGCGAUGCCUCGUGGUGAACAAGACCUAUAACUCACUGGUGGUGGAAUGCACGCCUGGGUCUGACGGCGGCCUGAAGCAGGUCUUCAUUGCCAAGGUGUUCGAGGCGGUGACGGGCCGGGGACAGGUGAAUGUGACCUCCGAAUCUCCGAUCUUCACCCUGGAGGGCCUCACACCUGGCCUCGACUACAUCAUCCAGGUGACGGCGUGGAACAAGCUGGGCAGCUCCGAUCCCGUGAAGCUGGAGGCGCUCACCUACAAGAUGGCUGAGAAUAGGAUGAGGGACGAACAGGGCAGUGAAGGCGGUGGCGGCGGCCAUGGCAGCGGGCUGCUGCUGGUGAGCCUGGUGGUGGUGACCGCUGUGGUGACGGUGGCGUCUGCGGCGGGCCUGGUUGGGCGCUGCCUUUGGGCGCGGCGGCACGACAGAGAUCUGAUUACCGGUGGAAACAGGAACAUAAAAGGCUACUUGGCGCCGCCUGAGACGCACAGCAAACGGCUCUCAGGUGAAGACGGAACAGAUGACGACGACGUCCACUUCGAGGUUCCAACGAUCAGCCUUGAGACGCAGCGGGAGCCCGGAACGAUGGUGGCGGUGACGCAGUAGUGCGGGACAAACACUGCGGCCCCAAACAAAAGCGUCGUUGACCACGCUGCCUUGCACGUGACGGGGCGAUGAAACAUGCAGCGGAACGGCCGUGUCGAGAGUUAUCCGAGAGGAGGUGAAUACAUUCUUCUGAGGAGCCGACAAGCAGUCUCUAUCCCCCCAGCCCUUUGCCCGACAAGACGUCGCUCCACACUCCCACCCCUCCUCCACCCUAGGCUUUCCUUCCUUCCCCCCUCCCAUACACCUCUCUCCCUCCCUGACUUCCUUUUGUCUCGUUGCUGAGGAACCGACAAACAGUUUCUUCCCCUUCCCCUUUCCUCCCACAAUCCCGUCCCCCUCCCUCCCUCUCAUCCUCUCCCCGCCUCCCUUCGUCCCCUCUCCGCCUCCUUGCCCUGAAUUAUGAUCCUCGUUACUCCCAACACCACAAACCCGACUCGGUGUUGAAAAUGUAAUGUGAAAAUUGUUCAUAUACGUAUUUGCCCUCCCGCCUUCCCUCCUGCCGCCUCCAUAUAUUCCUUCCUCCUUCCCUCCUCCUCCUCCUCCAAAGAUUGCUCCCUCCCCAUAGGAGGGAGCACGGGCCUUUGCCAAAGGCGGCCCGUAGCAGGGUGCCGACAGACCGACUCUAUCGGCGAUCGAAAUCUAGCCGACCAAGUCGGUCUAUCGAUGAGGACUGGCGUGUCUCUGACCACCUCCUCCCCUUUACCGCCUCCUUAUACUCGUAUAUCCCUCUCAUCCCCUACCCUUCUCGCCUGCAUCCCUCCCGCCUUCCUACCCGUCCCUUCCUCCCACCUCCUUAUCACCCUCUCAUUCCUUGCCCUGCUAGCCUGCAUCCCAUCCUGCCAGCCCAAGCGUCCCUCCCUCCUCUUCGAUCGUUUCAGUCGUUAGUGUCCGUCAUAAUGUAAAUAUCGGGUAUUCAUUAGUUGAGUCACGUGUUAUGUAUAUGUAGCUGUGAUAAAAGUAUUUGUAUGUAACACAAAUGGCGUCUAUUUUUACAGUCGACAUGGUACAGUGUUUCGUGUCCAUGUAUGAGGUG